AUGGAAGCGGACGUGUCGCAGCUCGCGCGAAGCGUCGAUCGGUGGUAUCGAGCGGUGACGGGCGUUGAGUUCGACGCGCCGUGGGUUCGUCGAGCGCUCGCGGCGUCGAGCGCCGUGUACGUCGCGGGCGCUUGGCUGUACGUGUUGCCGAGCUCGCUGCGAAUGGCGGCGAACGCGGUCUUGUUCGUCUUACAAAUCAUCACCGUGAGCGCGAUACUCGCCGGGACGUUCGUCGUCGCGGGCUUGGUGUCGCGCCGCGAUCUCAAUCGCGACGGGUUCUCUCGGCGCUUGCUCGAGCUCAGACGAAACGCCGUCGAUUUGGCGCGCGGCGUCGCGACGAGAGAGAGAGACUUCAUCGCGCGCACGCCACCGGUGAAAACACCAAAUAGAUUUAUCGAGACCGCGACGGUUGAGUUGGCGGAUACGCCUCGACGAAGUCCCGCCCCGACGCCCACGGCGUCGCCGUUUCGCGGCGACGAAGAGAUUCGUCGACUCGCGGAAGAAAAGCGCCAAGCCGAGACCAUGCUCGCGGAGGCGAGCGAAACCAUCGAGUUUCUUCGCGAUGCUUUGCAAUCCGUCGACGAAGCGCGCGCGAGCGAUCGUCGUCGGCUCGUGGAGCUCGAACGAAAGCUCGCCAAGGAUUCGCACACGGUGAAGGCGUUGAGCAAGCGCGUUCGAUCGAAAGAAAUCGACCUCGCCGCCGCCGAGCCUUGGAUGUUAGAUCCGUGA